AUGGCAUCUUCUCGACCUGAUGGUGGCUGCGUUAUGCUGAUAUCCCCCAAGACGCUUGUGCGACACGUCGACAAUUCAUCUAUGAACGGACCCGAGACAGGCGACUCCACCAACCUGGGGAAGAACUCGAACAUCAUGACGGAGAAAACACUGCAACACGUCGCCCAACAGUUCACGGGUGGGUUUAAGUUCGAAGCAACCGCCAUGGUGGCAUGUCCCUCGCGACGGACGUGGGCCCACCCCAGAGCAUGGUGUACGGUCUACAACGAAGCAGUCAGGGAACAUCUGUCGGGACCAGAGCAGGCGGAGGUGAAAGAACAACUCGAGACUGCCAUCGGCGAAGCAUUGGCGGAAGGCACUGAUCUUAGUUGGGAAACGGCUCUUGCCGCAACGACAUGGCCCAACGACGACGUUCUGCCCAGCAAAGAGUUCGUGUCUGCAGCGCCAUCGUUGAUCACUCCCCAAGGGCAAAACCGUGCUGCGAUGGCCGUCAUUGCUUUGGCCGGCGACCUCGGCUGUCCUCUCUCCAGAGCCGGAGAGUUUGGACAAUCAAACCUUUUCCCAGAAGACAGUGCCGCAAAAACCUUGGAGCUUGCAAAAGUCUUGACCGGAGAACAUGCCAAGUUCCAGGUCAACGUGUACAACUUCUUGGACUACGCUGCAGCCGCGGAAAAGGGGACCAACCUGCACAAGGGCGAGAGCCAAUCUCGGAAACCUGGACAUUUCGCCGUCAUCUCAGGGCUUGGGCGUCUAGUGCGCGCGUUGAAUAACCCCGAACUUCGCCUAUGUGAGGAGUACGCCAAGGAGGUGAUGGGUGACGGUUGGAGGCGGAACCUGCAUCCUAUGGGUAGCGUGGACGGGACGCGGAACAAAGCGGAGCAAGCAACGGUCGCGGCAGCGUGGAAAGUUCUUAAUUUCCACGUAAAGAAGAUCCUCGAGGGGGAAGGGGCCUUGCGGAAGAUGAAGGGGAAUUCCUGGGAGUCACUUGUGUACGGCAAGGGGCUUGAUGAAGACAGUCCCAUCAUCAAGGCCAUCAUGGCUAGAUUUUGGAAGGAGGAUGAGCUCAACGGUCUCGAUUCGGCGGCAUCCAAACCACUUCCGCAGUGCCUCACAGCAUGUUUCGGGUUGCUGCGCACGACCCAGGCAAGCCCGAAACUGGCAGCGGUGAUUCUCGAGCAUGGAAUCGUCAAUAGCGUCAAGGAUUUUGCGCUUGAUGAGGGACAUCUUGAUGUCGUUCGCAUGCUUGCUCUUUCGAUCGCUGGCGGAGCACUGCGCGCAGUUGAUGGCGAGAAUAGGAUGGUCGUGGAGGGGGCGGCGGCGCUGCUACCGACCUUUGUUUCACCCGAGGAGCAAGCGCUCUUUGAAGCGGACGAUGGGAAGCGCAAGAAGCAACUUCUAGAUGUCCUGGAGACUUACUGGAAGCCGGUCAUCUACGCUCUUGGUAGUAACAAGAACAAGUUCGUAACCGCCAUCAAUAAGAAGGCGCUGUCCGGGCGCAUUGGACAGUCGAACAAGACCGUGACGACUCCGGGGCCCGGAAAACCACUCCACAUCUCGAUCGACGCCUCUCGUGUGGAAUUCGAUCAGGCCGUAGUGACGACGUUUCUACUCUUCGAAGGGACUCAAGAGAAAGACAAAGUGAACAGUAAACUGGCGCGACAGCUGGCCGUCGAGUUCGCCAUGCUCUGCGUUGAGCGCGUGCUGGAUGAUAGGACCAAGUUCGACGCUUUCUUCGGCGCGUUGGAUAAGAACAGCUGGGUGAAGAAUGUGCUGCAGACGAACCCAGCAAGCUGGCAAUCAAGGCAAGGAGAGAAGUUCUUCGACGAGGCCCGUCUCUCAGCAAUGGCAAGCAAGAAACCUGAAAGUGGCAAGGGGGGGGGCGGGACCACAAGUACGGGGCACGGGGGGUCAGCGGAGCGAGAGGAGUCAGUGGAUAGCGGGGACGGCGACAGCCCAGGCGGCGACGGAACAACGAACGAGCCCAACGUGACGAUCCGCCGUUCCGGCAGUGAGCAUGCUUUCCCUUUCACGAUGCCGGAAAGGGUCAUUGCCGAGCUGGGUUUGGGUCGUGGCGACAGUGUGACGGUGACGGUGACUCGACUUACAGCGGCGGAACGUCCCACCCCCGCAGUUCGCGUAGGGAGGGCUUCUAAAUCGGGAAGCGGCAGUGAUAGCGAGAGAGACAUCAGCCGAAGCGGUGAUGGUGCUGAGACUGGCGAAAGAGCCUUGGACAACGGAGAACCAAGGAGCUGCAGCGAGGGAGGCAGCAGCGGCAGUGGUGGUGAUGCUGAGACCCGAGACGGAGCCUUGGACAACGGGGAACCAAAGAGCGGCAGUGAUUGCGAGCGAGGCAGCAGCGGGAGUGGUGAUGAUGCUGAAACCGGCGGAGGAGCCAUGGCCAACGGGCUAACAAGGAAGAGGUCGAGUGAGAGCUCCGAGGGAAAUACCUCAAGACGUCGUCGGAGAACCGAGAGCGCAGGGAACGGAAGAAUCACUGCGGCCGGAAACACGCAGAACUUCAGUUCGCGGGGAGGUGACUUUCGUUCUCUCAAGCUUGGAGGUGCCAGGACGGACAGCCCAACGAGUCCCCUCAAAUCACCGGUGCCCUCUAAUGUGGACGACAACGACCCUGAGACGGUGAAAACGGAAGUCAAGGUUCACGGUGUCCUAGCGGACGCACCCUUCCAGUUCCCAUUCCCGGUGGCCACGGAGAAACCUGCGGUGAAGAGUGAGUGUGUCCAGGAUGGCGCCUCUUCCAAGGUACCAAAGGUGAAGAAAGAAGGCCGCAAUGUCUCCGCGGGGGCCUCUCACAUAAAGGUGAAAACGGAAGUCAAGGUCGACGGUGUCCUAGCCGACGCACCCUUCCAGUCCCCGCUCCCGGUGGCCGCGGAGGAACCUGUGGUGAAGAGUGAGUUUGUCCAGGACGGCGCCUCUUCCAAGGUACCACACGUGAAGAAAGAAAACGGCUGUGGGCCCUGA